AUGGAAGAGGAAGCCGCGACAAUGGAAGAGGACUCCAUACCUACAAAAUACAUGCAUCCUAUUUAUAAGUCCCAGAUCGCGGGCGACGGGCGUCAGCUUCCUGCGGCGAAGAGUCGAAAGAUUUCUCUGUCACCGGAACCAGCGGAACCGCCAUGCCAAUGCGAGUUUAAUGGAGUUGCCUACAAUUUCUGUUACCAGUUGCCACCAGAACCAAAAAUUCAUGGACGGAAAUUCAACUGUUCAUAUGCUCAACACUUGGAUAAACUAGGUCGUCUCAGUAAGCUGGUCCGCCUGGAUAUUUCAAUCAAAUACUUCCAGAUAGCUAAUAUACGAAAACUGUGGCCGCAGAGGAAGAUCAUCAUCUAUAACCUAGGACUGCGUUCCAAGGCCAUUAAGGAACUGGAGGAAAAGUGUUUAGUAGAGUUACGCGAUUUUCCAUUCUCUACCUAUCCUCCAUACGUGAAAGAUUUGGACCAGUACAGAUGGAAACCCUUGACAAUAGCGGUUCGUUCGUUCCACCUUUUGCUUUUUCAGCGAUACGGGUAA